AUGGCCUUUUCACAUUUGGAGCACCACAUAGUUAUCCUCCAAAUCCUCUCCUUUGCCAUGAAGCUGAAAACAAAACUGACGACAAAUGCUGGAAGCUGGUGGGCAGUAAAAAAUUUUGGUGAAAUCACAGGAACUGUAGCAAUAGAACUGGACAAGGGAGCUUAUAUCCAUGCACUUGACAAUGGCCUUUUCACACUUGGAGCACCGCAUAAAGAGGAUGAUGGCCCUAGUCCCCCUGAGCAGUUUACAGCAGCAAAACUGUCUGACACCAGAAUUGCACUGAAGUCUGGCUAUGGCAAAUACCUUGGCAUAAAUUCAGAUGGUCUUGUUGUUGGACGAUCAGAUGCAAUAGGAUCAAGAGAGCAAUGGGAGCCCGUUUUCCAAGAUGGGAAAAUGGCUUUAUUAGCAGCAAAUAGCUGCUUUAUUACCUGCAAUGAAGAGGGAGAUAUAGAAGCCAAAAGUAAAACUGCGGGGGAAGAAGAAAUGUUAAAGAUCCGUUCUUGUGCAGAAAGAGAAACUACGCAGAAAGAUGACAUUCCAGAAGAAGACAAAGGAAAUGUUAAACAGUGUGAAAUCAAUUACGUAAAGAAGUUCCAAAGUUUCCAAGAUCGUAAACUCAAAAUAAGCCAAGAAGACAGCAAAACUCUCAAAAAAGCCAGAAAAGAAGGCAGUUUCCAUGAGACACUGCUUGACAGGAGAUCAAAAUUGAAAGCUGAUAGAUACUGCAAGUGACAAACAAUUGGCAGGUUUGCUUGCUUUUAUAUCCUUCAGUUGCCCAUCUGAACAUACUAUCUGAAUAAAACAUUUUGCAAAAAGUGAUUGUAUUUAUGCAAAGACUUUCUUGUUCUUACUUCUCAUUAAAGUUAGUAUCUAAUGUCACUCUACAUAAGAAUGUCAUUAUUUUGAUGGAAUGCUAUUUAGCUGCUUAAUAAACUUUACAAAUAUUAAAAUUUGGUAUGCAGAAUUUUAUCCAAAAGCAAAUAGCUUUAGCAAUUUAAUAGAUGAAGGUUGAGAGAAGCAACUCAGUAAUCUGAGGGUCAUGUUGAUUAACAAUCAAGAAGAGAAGAGCUGCAUAUGAAACCAAACUAUAAAGUUGCCCUGACAAAUUGUACUUCCAAUAAAUAAAUAUUUUAUCAGACUAAUGUCUCUCUGAGCAUAUUGGACUGAAGUCUCAGCUUGACUUCAGUGGAGUCAUGAGGCCUUAUAUCAGCUGAGGAUCUAGAAUGGUUUUCUACAUUUAUAGAUGUCAGUUUGUCUGUAAACAUUAAGUGAAUACUUGUGUAAACUGUACUUGAAAAACAGUAUGAAGGAAUGAAGAAAAAGGCUGUCAGAAUAAAAGCUGAGGCUCUUCAUGAGAAAAGACCACUUAAUUACUUGUACACUUAAUCAUCAUCAUGUUGCUGAUGUUUGAAUGCUCUUCCAAAUUUUGCUAACUUACAUCAGUUUUAUGAACUUGUUUCUAUCUUUUUAAACUAAACAUGUUAAAGAAUGGUGUAAAAUGCAGAAUCUGUACAUUCUUGAUUAAUAUGUAGAAUGCAGUUUGCUAUGUGCUUGUUACCAAAAUUUUAUUUUAGUAAAGUCCCUUUAUAGGAACUAUUCCAGCUACACUGAUUGCAACACAAUUCAGUUAUAACCAGUCUUCAGAAAGUACUUUGUUACCAUGCUCAGCUUUUUCACCUCAGUUCUUAUGUCUCAAGAAGACCAUUAUUUAAGUUAUCUACAUGCAAUGUGCAGUCUGUACUGUUCUUAGUGGUUUUUAAUUUGGAGUGUGCAGUUGCUUAUAAACUAAGACGGGGUAGUCAGUCAGGAGCUCAUGGGCCAAAUUUGGACCUCCAGACUCUUCUGAAUGCACCCCAACAUAUUUUUAUUUACUUACUUUUAUCAUUAUUGUUAGCUGGAAUCUGGACCUUGACAAAAAAAUAAUUGACUACACUUGACUCAAGGUGUAGACGUGGGAUUGUUAAAAAGAACAGGUAAAGUCUGAGCAUAAAUACUCAUCAGCAUAAGGCUAAAAGACGGUAUUUCCAGUUUAAAGUGACAUCACUUUACAGCUAGCCUAUGUAAAAAUGAAUCAGUGUGAACUUAAUAGUCUAUAUUCAGAACAAGUUACAACUGGUUCUUAACCCAAUUAAGAAAGAAUUACAGUAGCAGAGCCUUAUACUCAUGUGUCACUGAUGUCAGGGAGUCAUAGGACAAACAAGUUCAUAGAUUGUACAGAUUUAUACAGCUGAAAAACUUUUUACUGUUCCUUAUCACAUGAAAAACUGAUUUGCUGCAUCAGAAUUAGAACUGGUGCUUGAGAAAGUUUAUAGGUUCUAUGCUAACUACACACCUUGAUUGUUGACUCCCCCAUGUGAUUUUAAUGCCAGAAAUCUAAUUGUCUGCUUAUUUAAUACUAUUAAAAAGAUAAAGGAUCCUAGUUUUUAGAUACUAUGGAGAAUUUGAGUCCAAUUCUUAGUUUCUUAGAAAAUAUAUAUAUAUAUUACAAAAAUAAAAACCAUAACACUUGUCCAUUUAUUAUCACCUAUUUUUUUAUCCAUUGUUGCUGUUUGUCUAGAAAUAUACCAGCUCAUGCCCUGUUUAUCUUCCUGCAGCAGAGACUCUGCACCUAAUGCUUUUUCAUGAAAGCAUGGGAACC